AUGGAUCGGUACCAGAGGGCGGAGAAGCCUAGGGAGGAGACUCCCAUUAUGGAAAAUGAGAUUCGGGUCACGUCCCAGGGGAGAAUGCGCAACUACAUGUCUUAUGCCUCCAUCCUUCUCCAGGUACUGCUUCCAAAUUAAUUUCUGUGCUUAAAUGGGAAUGCUGGAAUUGGCGUGUGGUCUUGCCGUAAUCUUGAGACAAUAAUUCGUAAUGACCUGAGGUGACAGUAAUUAUUUUGCAAGACGGUUUUGGUUAUUUUUAUGUGACGCAUUGAAAUUUAGCUGUCUGCUUUGUUAAAUCUGUUUUAAGGGAAGAGUAGAUCACAUAGAAAAUAAUAGUAGAUGUGAACUGUUGUCAGUGUGCAAUGUUUGAUGGCUUCAGUUUAAAUACCGAAGAACAUUUGAUCAUGCUUCGGAAAUCGUGGUCAAAACACGUCAUUAUCUUUGCCGUGUCAUUAGUUCUUCAUGAUCCCAGAGCAGUAAUAGUACUGAAUCGUUAAUAAUGAGAGGGAGAAAAUCAUUGAACUGGCAUAAACGUUUGGAAACAAUGAACAUUCAACUAUGCUGAACGCUGACAGAAAAAUGAGUAUCCAAUGAGUAUUUCCCUUGUGAAGCCAUUCUUUGGCUUUUGAUAUCUAGAUUCUUAUAUGUACUGUAUGGAGUAAUAUUUUUUUCCUCACCAAGCAAACACAGAUGCUUGUAAAGAAAAGCGUGUUUUCAGAAGCCUACAACGACAUGUCUUUCAUCACCUUAUCUGUUCCUUAUUUUUCCAAUUUAUUUCAGAAUGUUUUCCUAUGAUGAGUCUCUUACUCUCUAUUGUCCUCUAAUCUAGGGUUGAUUUUACACUUUUGUCUAUUAACAUUUUUUGUUGAUUUUUAAAGGAAAAAGGUUCUGAUAAAAUUGUGUUCAAGGCAAUGGGAAGAGCAAUCAAUAAGACCGUGAUGAUUGUGGAGCUAAUUAAGGUGAAUGUUAUGUGAGCACUACACUUUUUAUGUUUUCUUCUAUGACGAACAUGCACGGAAUUAAAAUGCAUCUUCUGCCACAAUUUUGGUGUAACCACACAGAGGCGUAUCGCAGACCUUCACCAGAACACAGUUAUUGGAUCGAUUGAUGUGACUGAUACAUGGGAGCCUUUGGAGGAAGGCCUGCUUCCGUAAGAUAAAUUUCUAAUUGCCUUAAGCCGGGAAAGUUAUGAUAUAGUAGUGCUGUAAAGUGGCCUUUGUGCUGCCUCAUUUUUUGGUCGUUAAAUGAUUUCUGCGGCAAACUAAUUUGUUUUGUCUACAUGGGAUAGCCUUGAAACGACAAGGCAUGUGUCGAUUAUCACGAUAACGUUGUCAAAGAAGGAGUUGGAUACAUCGUCUGUUGGGUAAGUCUGCCCACCCCUUCUCUUUAUUCCAUCUUGUUUAGCCAUAAUAUUUUUGUUGUGUUUCAAGUAUCAUAGGUUUUAUACUAUUAAUCUUGUCGUCAUCUACUUUAGACAGGUCCACACAUCUGCGUGUGUUAGAGUUAAUAUCGAGAAACAAUAUAGUCAUACUCUUGAUGGCCGCUGACGUUCGAACUUCAAAUGGUCCUCAUCUAUGAUACAAAGCAAAUAACUUUGUGCAUGAAUGUAUUUCCACUUAAGGAAAUUAUUUUGUUUGACUACUCACAUCAUCUGCAUUUAAUUUUCUCGCCUGAAUGUUUGAUUACCGGAUGUAUGCUCUUAUUAAGUAAAUACAUAUCGCCAGAAAAAAAUGAAGUUUUAGUAUCCACAUAAUGUGAUGCUUGGCGUAAUGCCAGUAAGGUAUAAUUGUGCUAAUUUAUGAUUGCUUGACAUCAUAUUGGUGGUAAUCCGAGACUUAGAGGUCUGUAUAGAACAUCUUAUCUAAUCAAUUAACCAUGGUAACGCUUAACACUGUUCAAAUAGUGGUUUUCUAGAAGAGUAAACAAUGGGCUUUGUAUUAGCUUUAACUGACUAUAUACUGGAUUGGCUGCUUCUUGCCAGAAGAGAAAAUAAGGCUACUUUCUUUUCAAGCGUCCGCAAUAAUUAUUUGGCACCGACAUUUGACAGUAACUAAUGGACAUGUACUAAGCGGCUUAUUUAAUAAUCUUUUAGGACUAAAAGUUACCCAUCAGUUGCAGCUCCAGUAUGUAGAAUUGUCUUGAAAUGUUGUUUUUUUUUUUUUGGCAAACUCCAGUUUUGUCCUCAAUUUUUCUUAACUUUUGUAUUAAUCACUAUGUUUAACCAUAUCUAGAUUUAAAUGUUUAUACACAAGUAAGAAAUAGUUUUUUUUUUGGGUGGCCGGCCGCAAUUCUGGGAGUUAAUUCUUUCUUCGUUUGUUGACACUCGAGCAAUUAUCAGAUAUUUUCUUACCUUCUGGGCGCUGAUUUUUAGUUUUUAUGUCCUGUUGUGUGACAUCAUUAGAUAUAUGGAUGUUUUUGUAGAAUCGAUGAAAUAUGUUCAGGUUAGAUGUAAAAAGAAAAAUAAUUCAUUCCAAGAGAAACAGAAGAUUUGAAUGCGGGGGCAUCGCCAGAUUUUUCUCUUCGUUUUGUCAGGUCGUCUGAUUUUCGUGGCAGGUUAAUAGGGCGUAUCCUUUUUUAUGCUGGAUCAGUGAUUAAGGUAGGAUUUUGAAACGAUAGGACUUAAGUUUUUAUUUGAUGAGGCCUAAGUUAUGAUUACAUUCAUAAUUUUUUAAGAUGAGUUAUCCUUGCGACUUCUGAGUCGUGAAGCAGGUUAGCGAUUGGUGCUUUCUAGGUUUUAAGAUGAACCAUAAAUGGACAUUAUUUGAGGCUUUUAUGGAUCUUGGUAGUUUUUACAGAUGACACAUAUGCUUGUCUGUAUAUUCAUGUAAAUGUUAACUUUCUUCUGACAUUAUGAUUCCGUCAUUCAUACCUCCAGCUCAAAAAGUCUCGACACCUUUCUCACUCCCGCUCUUGUAAAUAUGUCGUCAUAACAUACUCAUUAUGAUCAUUGAGACAUGAAAUAAGAAGCCCAGCUUGUGUUUGUGAAGGAAUCUUCAUGGGGUGAUACUUUUGCCUAAAUUUCGGAAAGCAGAAAUUCAUUAAUCACGUUUUGUGUUCAAGCGACUAUCUUGUUGUUUUAAUGGUAUCGGUUAAUCGGCAUCAACAGGUACCAAUCUCCUCUGCCAGCUGAUCUGGUGAAGCCACACGCUGAAGUUGAAUACGAUGAAGGUUGUCUAUCAAUCCUGUUCAUCAUUUCUCUUUUAUUUCUCGCUAGAGAUUGUAUGCUAACGGUACAGCGAUCAUCCAGAGAACUCACCGGGCCCCCGAGGCAGAGACCAUGGUGGAAGAGGCAGGGGGAGAGGCAGAGGUGCUGGGAAUCCGUCCUUCCACUAUUCCGAACUAGAUAUAUUUUCUUGAGCACCUUCUGUAAUGGGCCCAUGUUUCAUCCUCAUGUUUCAGGAGAUGGUGACGUGAUCAAUGACUAUGGCAGGGGGGGAGGCAGAGGCGCUGGUAAUCCGUCCUUCCACUAUCCUGAACUAGAUAUGGGAUAUCUUGACGACAUUCUGCAAUUGGCCCAUGUUUUAUCUUAAUGUUUCAGGAGACGGUGACGCGAUCAACGACUAUGGCGAUGCGUCCUGGGAGAACAGGGGUCGUGGAUAUGGCAGGGGCGGCUGGAACCGCAGUAGAGGACGCAGCUUCCGAGGACGCGGCCGAGGUGGCUAUGGUGGCCCUGGAUAUUAUCAACCGGAGGGUGGUGACUACGAUGAAGCUCGUGCCCCUGCCCAGGGAAGAGGUAUCCGAUUCAGCCCAUAUUUUUCUCUUUCUUUCUUGCUGUUUUUGGAGGAAAUCCUACGAAUUUCCUGGUCGAGUAGAGCUUUCGUCUCUCCACUUUUUGAUUUUAUUAAAGGCAGCCCGACCGAUAUACCCACCUCUCAUAAAUAUGAAAAGCCUACGAAAUCCUACACGCAUCCACCACAAUACAUACCCACCUCUCAUAAAUAUGAAAAGCCUACGAAAAGCCUAUGAAAAGCCUCCGUUGCGUCCGGGGAGGAAUUGAUGUCCCGCAGGUGUUUCCGUGCUGACGAUUGAUCUCUGUGGUUGCAGGCCGAGCCCGCGGGCGAGGCCAGUUCCGAGGGCGGGGCCGCGAGUUCAGAUCGAGCAGGCCGGCAGCCCAAGGCGGCAGCGAGGAGACGUAA